GUAAUAGAAUAAAAUGACAAAGCAGUCGGUGUUGCAUUGGUUUACCUUUAUCUCCCUUCAACUCUUCUUUGCUUUCUCUGCUUAAAGAAGCAAGCAUCAUCUCCCUUUCCUGGUUUGUUGAAAACCUUUUGGCCAAGAGGAAACUCACACGAGAAAACGAAAGAAAAAGAAAAACUCGGUUUUCGCUUUCCAGUAAGAUUAUUAGCUUUGUGGGUUUGUGUUCGCUGAUAUCAUGGAGAGAGAUUUUCUGGGUCUUGGUUCCAAAAAUGUUCCCGUUACUCUGAAAAAGGAGCUUACUGAUGGCUAUAAGGAUUCGGUUCCAAUGAGAGGUUCAGCAAUGCAGUGGUCUUUCUCAAACAAGGUUUCUGCCAUUCCUCAAUUUUUGUCCUUUCAGUCUGGUGUGGAAGAAAAGCCAAGAAAGACUAUUCAUGAUCACAUAUCAUCCUCUGGUUUUACUCCCAUUUCAACUGCUAACCAGAAGCCAUGUUCUAGCAUGAUUCAGAAAAAUAUGACUCUUGAUAAACAAGGUGCAAACCAUUAUGCAAUGACAACCUAUACUGUGAAACAUUUUGAUGCAUAUCCGGUCCAUUGCCCCCAGCAAAUAAGGAUAUUCCCCGUCUCCGACGUCCAAAAUCAAAGAAUUACUGCUUCUAUGAGCAGUCCAGUUUUGCAGUCCCAUUUUUCUUCCACUGGGCACAAUGUGGGUGGUCAUUCCAUGAACUCACAAUUUCUUGCAGGAGUUCCAAUCAUAAGCCCUGUAUCUGUUCAUUCCACUCCAAGUUCCAUUGUUGGCACGGCCGAUCUUAGAAAUGGUUCAAAGUCUUCUGGGGCUCCUGCUCAAUUGACCAUUUUCUAUGCUGGUUCUGUGUUUAUUUAUGAUGAUAUUUCUCCUGAGAAGGCUCAGGCUAUCAUGCUGUUAGCUGGAAAUGGGUCUUCAGUAACUCAGAACAAGACAGUCUCCCCAGCUCAAGUGCAAGCACCAAUCCGAAGGCCUUCUGCUGGUGAUGAUCUUGUUGGGAACAAAAUCCAUUCAGCAUCUCCAUGCUCAGGUCUUCCAAGCCCCAUUUCUAUAAGCUCUAGUAGCAAUAAUGAAUUGGCAACAGUGAAAUCAAUGAGAGAUUUAGCAUCCAGAAAUAACCAAACAGAACCACCGAAGGCAGUUAGUUCAGUAGGAACUGGUUCUGCAACUCUGAUUCCAGCAGUGGCUGUACCUCAGGCUCGCAAAGCAUCAUUGGCACGGUUUCUGGAGAAGCGCAAGGAAAGAAUGAUGAAUACAUCGCCAUACAACGUGAGCAAGAAAUCUCCAGACUCUAGUUCCGCUGAAUAUGAUGGUGUGAGUUUAGCCAUCAAUUAGCAGUCAAGGGGGGCCUCUAACUGAGAGGAUUCAAAUCCAAAAUUGUGCACUCCACAAAUAUGAAGGAAGAGAUCUAUGUCAAUGUCUAUUUUUUGUUCUUAAUUGUAAGCUCAGUUGUUUUUACUUAAAAAUUUUAGAAUUUCUCAAUUUCUUAGAUAUAUUGUUCUUCACUAUCAGUGGCAAUUUUUUGAAUUUUA